AUGGUUUUCUCAACACAAACCGUGAAUGUCCUCCGGUACACCGCUCUCGGCGCGGGAGUGUUCUACGGCUUCACUCACCAGCGUAAACUAAGUGCCCAGGCCAAGGUCCGCCAGGCCCAGAACGAAUACAACCACAAAGAAGCCUUGAUCAUGCAGGCGAAGGCGGAGUGGGCAAAAAAGAACGCGCCCAAGUCUGUCGGUCCUGACGGACUCAUCACCGAUCCUAACGACCCACGAUUUGACAUGGAGGCUUUCCUACUGCAGCUGGCAGCGGACGACAAGAAGGCCUCUCUUUAG